AUGCAUUAUGAUGGGCAUGUGGAUAGCCCAAAUGAAAAUGGUUGUUAUGUGGGAGGGAAAGUAAAGUAUUGGGAUUAUGUUGAUCUUGAUUGUUUAUCAAUCCUGGAGCUAGAUGGACCUCUUACUGAUGUGGGAUAUCUCUUGCAAGUUGAGACUAAAGACAUUAAAGAAUUUAGAAUCUUGAAUGGGUAUUCAUACUAUUAUAAAGUGGAUGCACAUAAUAUGAAAGAAGGUCUGGUGGAGUUGAAGAGUGACAAAUAA